AAAGAGGGAGGGAGAGAGAGACGGGCAUUUGGAUCCAAACUUUUUGCGCACACGUAUAGUCUGAAAUUUUGCCUUCAGUUUUUUAAUUUCACCUCCGGAGCUUAGCUGAGCAUGCGCAGCGAAGAGGACCGAUAAGAAGAAAAAGUAAAGGCGCGCUGGAUGUGACUGCCGUAAAUUAUGCGCCUGGAGGUGAUUUACUGACAGGGAAGUUUGCGCCUCCGGGUUGCGGCCAAUGUAUGGUUGAGCCUGGAAGAUAUAAGAUCUGUGAUAUAUUCUGCUCGAGGGGAACCGAUUCACGGCCGUUGUGAUGGACAGCCACAUGUUAACAUGGAUGAUGAUGAUGAUGAUGAUGGUGUGUUCGCAAAACUCCGCACCUGAAGGAGUGCUGAACUGCUGCGAGGGUGACGUCCUCUUUCUGCUGGACUCCUCAGGGAGUGUGACGUCCUACGAGCACGCCCGCAUGCUCUCCUUCCUGUCGGAGCUCCUGCUCCCUUUUUCUCUGGGAAGGGAUCAAGUGAGAGUGGGGCUGCUGCAGGUGGGGACCAAGCCACGCCUGGAAUUUGGCUUCAACAGACACAGUACCCAAAGUGGCCUCCAGGGGGCUUUGACAAACAUCCGACCCCUGAGGGGAGACACCAACACGGUGGAUGCUCUCAAAAUGGCCAAGGAGUGGGUGCUGCGCCCCGGGACGUCUGACGGGGCGAGGGAAGGGCUGCCCAGAGUGCUAGUGUGGUUGACUGAUGGGGUGAAGCCGGGGGACGUGAUUGGACCAAUGGCUGAGCUGCGGGAGGAGGGUGUGGCAGUGCUGGUGGUCUCAACAGGGCACAGCAAUUACAAGGUGCUGAGGGAGGUCGUGACCCCUCCUGUGGAAAAUCACCUGCACUUUGUGGACAUCGAUGACAUGAGCAUCAUCACCAAAGACCUGCGCGAUGCCAUUAUUGAGAUAAUAAAAGCUGAGCGCCUUCACGUACGAGACGUGUCCACCGACUCGGCCUCUCUCCACUGGAGGCCCGUUCUGUCUGGUCUAUCGGGCCACUACGAGAUUCGCUUAGGUGAAAUUUCAACUGGAGGCGGCGGUGGUGGCGGCGGAUCAGGGACCAGUCCGAGCACCAGUGGAAGCCAGUACCAGAGACUGAUCCAGUCCGCGCAGCUGAACAGCGUCAGACUGACUGACCUAAAGCCAGACACCACCUAUUCUGUCAGCCUGAUUCCAGAGUCCAACGAAAUAACAUUUAACACACUCUCCACCACAUUCACAACAAAGCCAGUGGUUGAGAGUCCAGCUGUUGUAACAGUUUCUGAGUCUGGGGAGACCAGUGUUCGGGUGAGCUGGGGCCCUCUUCAGCCAGACACCGUCACGAGUUACUACAUUGAGUACUCCGCCCUGCCCAGGGGCAAUCUCCAGACUGUCACAGUGGGCCGAUCACAGAACUCCACCCUGCUGAGAAAUCUCCUGCCAGGGACAAUAUACCUGGUCACAGUGACUGCCCGGCAUGCCUCAGGAAAGCAGAAAUCGAUGUCAGUUAAAGUUUGCACUCAAGAAGUGACUCCGGCCCUGGAUGACCUCCAGCUCACCACUGUGGGAAGUGCUUCAGUGCAGGUGGACUGGAGGGGCAGCGCGGCUGGUCUGAGAGGCUACUGGCUCACCUGGGAGGGGCAGCAAAGCUCAGCUGCCAACCAACGCUCCUCCCUCUACCUUCCACCCAAUUCUCUGUCCACGCGCCUCACACACCUUCCCCCUUAUGCUAGAGUUUGUGUGUCUCCCAUUUACCGAACGGCAAGGGGGGAUGGACUGUGUUGCACAGCACAGUUUCACUCAGAUGCUUUGGGAUAUGGCUUCCAGUCAUAGCAGCCCUGCGCUGCACGUGCACCUUACCAAAGAAGGAGGGAGGAUAACGGGAAAGAAUGCUGACUGC